AUUUUGUAAAGCACUUUUCAGGCGGAACCAACGUUUAGUCAGCCUUCUUAUCUGGGGGGAGUGAAUUAUCUGGAACACCGGAAUCGCGCCGUCGGUGGAGACUGCUCGGAGGAUCAUGCCGAAGUAAGUUCAGAUUUCACCAAAUUCACUCAAAAUCUCAUUUUUCUGAGUUAAAGCAAAAUUAACGAGUAGUUGUCAUUGUAUUUCAGACCGAAUGAUGAAACAUUAACUUCAAAAACCGACGAGUUUAUUAUUUUCAUUCACAAUGAUCGUCCUCAGCUUUGUUUGGGAUCGGUCUAUUUGCUGGAUUCAACAUGGUGUUAACGGAGCUUCUGUUUUUUUAGUUUGAGCUCUUAAUGAGUAUUUCUCACAGAUUUCACGAACCUGAUCUUUUUAUUGUUUUUCCAGCUUAUUAAAAUAUUAUUUUAUGUUUCAUAAUCGAGUUUUAAAAAUGAGUUAAUGUGAUGAUUUGAGUUAAAAGACGAGACCUGUAAAUAGACGGCGCCAUGUUGGUCAAACAGGGUUAAUUUUUGAAGAUGGAGAGAGUCUUUUUUGUUUUCUGUCUGUUUAAAUCCAUAAAUUAAAUCAAACUCACAUGUACUCUUAAGGUGGUCGUCUUGUUUCUUUUUAAGGAGGAUUUUGUUUCUCACCGAGCUGCAGAUAUCCACACAUCAGGACAAAAUAAGUCCAUAAAAAACACUUUUAUGUGUAAAGUUCUUCCACACAGACUCAUCUGAAGGAAAUUCACCUUAAACUCUGAUUAACGGGACAGUCUGAUCCCUGAAGAUGUAAAUAACCUUAAAACAGACGCUAACAUUUCUCUUUUUAUUCAGGUUUUACUGCGAUUACUGCGACACCUACCUGACACAUGAUUCGGUGAGUUUAAUCUCUAUACACCAAUAACUGUUAGAAAGUUUGAUGAUUCAGAUUUUGGUUUGACUUACUGAUGAUUGUGUUUUUUUGUCUUUCAGCCAUCGGUGAGGAAGACUCACUGCAGCGGCCGAAAACACAAAGAAAAUGUGAAAGAUUAUUACCAGAAAUGGAUGGAGGAGCAGGCCCAGAGUCUGAUCGAUAAAACAAGUACGAGAGAAAAUGUGUUUGAGUGAAACUAGAGAUACUGAGCAGACUCACAGAUGUCCCUCAGUGCAAGACUUUUAAAAUGAGCUGAAGUUUCAGAGUUAAAGGGAUAAAAUUAAUUUAGGGUCAAAAACACCGUAACACCGAGUUAGACCCCCCCUCCAGAGAUGAAUGUUGUCGACCGCUUGCUUCUCUAGUUAUACCAACUUUAGUAACGACUGCAGGAUAGAAAUACAGAGAGCCACGCCCCCAACCAAAACGCCACUCUAUAGCCACAAAUAAUGCUCAGAACAGCACCUAACUUCAUCAACAGGACAUAUAGGGUCACAGACAUAGUACUAGACACCAAACAUCUUUUUAACUUUGACUCAUUUCUUUAGCAAAGAGACUAAACACAACUCACCUACUCUCUUCCAGCAGAUGCUUGUUUGUAGCGAGACCUCAGGCCAGUCUAUUACGGACUACAGCGGGGUGCCGCAGCUCAAGGAAGAACAUUUAUGAUCAUUUCUUUAUCAUUUCCUUAAAGUAAUAAUCACCAUAUUAAUCAUUUUACUCUGCAGACGCGGUAGUUCUUCUGUCUUAGCGUCUCGGUCUGAUUGUGUUUCUAUGAAAUCCAUGAGCUAAUGUGCGCAUGUGUCAGCGUCAUAUGGCACCCAGCCAUUCCUCUCUGUUGUGAGCAGCUUUUUAACCCAUUUUAACCGCUUUUAAACAACUUUUAAGGCUGCAUCUUUAGAGUUUGCUGACUUUUGAGUUUAACUUUUACCGUGAUUACUAAUCCCUGUUACAGAUGCAAAAAUAAUUUAAGGCUAAAGCAAACAGCCCAGAAAAAAUGAAUAUGUCGACUAACAGACUAAAUACUGACUCUUGGAGUUUAAAGUUGAGGAUAUUAAACAUACUUUAAUUAACCCACAGCAAAUACAGAAGAAUAUCAGGGUUCCUUCGAAGUAUGGAAGUAAUUUGAUAAAUUUCCAGGUUUUAAAAAGUAUGUUACAUGAAAAAUAAGGUAUAGACAAACAUUUAUGUUCACAGACUAUAUUACCACAUCUUUAAAAUACUCUUUUCAGAAUUAGAAAAGUAGGCAUUUCCAAAAAUAAUUCCAAAAAGUAGGGUAUGGAAAAGUGGAAAUUCCACCUGUGUAGGAACCCUGGAGUUUGGACCCUCUUGGGUUCUGAAAUGGAGACAUUUCGUGCUUUUUUUCCCGUGUUAAUCGUUUGUCUUCUUCUCCAAACAGCGGCCGCCUUCCAACAAGGAAAGAUUCCCCCCACGCCGUUCCCCGGUGGUCCUCCCCCAGGUGAGUCCGCCGUCUUUCAGCGCCGCAGUGAUGUGAUUAAAGUUUGAUUUGUCCUCAGGAGUGAAAGGCUGUCAGCAUUUCACUCCUCCAUAUCAAGGACAAUUCAAAGAGUGUAUUAUUAUUCAUAGGGCUUUACGCUGCAGCCGGAUUACAACCAAAUUAGAUUGUUGGAGUUCCACUAGACUAGACAUGAGCGAGACAGGGACGAGCGGCUUCUUUGAAACGGCUCAUUUUCAACACAGAGGCAGCUCGGCGUGUGUGGACUCAACAAAGAAACCGAUUUAUGUUCAGAGUGAAAUCUCAAACUGGUGAUAAUAAAAACAGACUCAAUUAUUUCACAUGUCUGUGUUUGAUUGACAGAAACAAACGAGAGUUCAAGUUCGAGACUCUCUGUUUCUGUAUCCUGGUUUCUAACGCCUCUGGGUCUGAUCCUGACAAACCAUCAGGAGUCAUCCUUCACAUUUAACCCAUGAAGACCUGAACCCUGUCUGAGACUCUCAAAUCCUGAGGGCUGUUUUGAGAAGGGCCCCCAGAUCCUGAGGUUUUCUGAAGUGUUGAGGUUUACCAAAAAGCUGAUAUCUCAGCCGGCUUGGAAGGUUUAAAUGUGUACAUGCAGUCCCAGUUUAAACGGGUUAAGAAUCAGAGUUUUCCCAGUGAGUCGUAUUUAAAUGAGCGAAGGAGAAGUGGGAGGAGUUUUUAUGUACGGAGAACGCUGCACAUCCAUGAACAUGAGUGAUCAGCACAAAGAAAUACGACAGGAAAUGAAGGGUCCUCUCUUCUCUUACAGGUGGUCCUCCUCGACCAGGUAUGCUACCCACACCCCCCAUGGGAGGUCCACCUAUGAUGCCGAUGAUGGGACCUCCACCACAUGGAAUGAUGCCGGGCGGACCAGGUAAGAAACGCGCUUCCUGUUUGUUUUUGACAGUUUUAGGUAUUUAAGAGAAAACAGCUUCAUCUCCUCGUUUAUCAGACGGCGUUUGUUCCUGAUUUUAAACAUCUCUGUAUUUAUAAUCGGUACAGACCUUUAAAUGCCGUUCUUCCAUGUGUUUGUGUCGUCUAAAAAGGAAAAAUCCUCCGGGGAAAAAUCUCUGUGAUAAACUGGAUCAUGUUUAGCAUUUAUCUGUGAUGAGAGUUUGUUUCAGCUCAGGUUUUGAUCUGCUGUGAUGGAGUUUAUUGACCCUCUUUACUCGUUUUUUUGUCGUAAAUCCACGAGAGAUUUCCCAUACAGGAAUCUACGGCGGUCUUUUAAUAGACAUUUUUUUGUUUCAAGUCAGAAAUGAUGAAUCAGAUUAAAGUUAAAGUGUUUGUUUGGGAAAUGUUACUCUUUUUAAACGUUUUAUAACGGUGCAAAACAAACUAUUCUUUUUGAAGGAGGAUUUUCAGGCUCCUUUGGCCUUUUAUUGACAGAGUUUAAGACGGUGGAUAGAGCAGGGAGCGACGUGCAGGAAGAGAGGCCUCAGGGUCGAACUGAAACUGAACCACCAGAGCAUGUGUGGCGCAACCAGACUGCCAGGCUAUCGUGAACUUUUUCAACCUUUUAAUUAACCAGGAAGAAGCUUGUCAGGAGAGAAAGUCUUGUUUCAUAGAGCGUAUCGGCCAAGACAGGAAAAUAAGCAACGAUACAUUCAAGCACAAAACAAAACACACGACGACAGCCGAUUUAAAAGACGUCAAAUAACAAUUAAAACGGCUAAAAUUUGUCUGAAUGGACCAAAAAUAUAAAAAUACUCAAGUACUCAAGGUUUCAGGUCUCUUCUUCAAUGUUCCAACGUAAGAGCAGGUCUGAUUUCCUGCAGAGUAAAGACGUUUCUGAAGGUUUGGUAAGACGGUGUCAAAGAGAGCGGUCGGAGAAGGUCACUCUGAGCGAGCAGUGAACCGGCUCUGCUGUGACUCCGACUGUCAGCCGCUUGUCAUAACUCGGCGUCUCUCCUCUCUGACACUUUCAGGAGGCAUGAGGCCGCCGAUGGGAGGACCCAUGCAGAUGAUGCCAGGACCGCCACACAUGAUGCGUCACCCCCGACCCAUGAUGAUGCCAGUCAGGCCGGGCAUGAUGCGACCAGACAGAUAAGAGCGAUGGGGGUUACUCCUCUCUUUGAUGCCAUGAACAGACACUGUCGACUGAGAAAACUCGGUUUCACACUCUGAUUUAUGAAAACAUGUUUUUAGAGCCUCAAACCCUGAUCCACCAGACCCCCAUUAGUCCAGACAUUUACUUCUUUUUUUUUUUAACUGGAGCUGCAGUAUUUAUAUUUUUUAGUUGAAUGUCAUCUCCCCGUGUGGAUGAAUAUCGUCUUUUUUAAGAUCAUCAGCCCUCCUCAUUUUGACCAGCUGUUCAGCAGCACACAGACUUUAAGAACCGGUUUGAUUUGACGACAUUUGAGUCGAUGUGUUUUUUUUUCUUUUAGGUUUUUUUUACAUAUUUGGUUGUUUCAUUGCUUUGCUUUGAUAAAUAAAAGCGUGAUUCAAACCCUC